AACAUUCGGAUAUCAACAUGCUGUUAAGAAUCAUCCGGUGGAUUGUGUUAGUGUUGUUCUCAUUUUCCAUUAACACCAUAGGGAUUAAUGGAUUAUCAUUCACCGAUUUCGAUUUUGGUUCUAGAAGCCAAAAAUCGAUAAUCGACAUACAAACAUAUGAAAAAUGUCCACAUGAAGGGAAUCGAGAAUUGCAUUUCCUGGGUCGUCAUUCAAGGAUAAAUAGAACACUGGUUGUUGAGAACGCAAAUCUCACUUUUCGUAUCCCAUUUGAUGACAACGUGAAGGUGAAGUUGGCGAUAGACAUUUGGGGCAACGGCGGUUGGCGACCAAACGGCUUUGUCAUGGAAUGGCCGAACGGGUGCAGCGACAUGCUCGCCGUGCUUGCCGACUCUGGCAAGGUGCUCUUCCAGCACAUGACACUCGUCGAGCGAGUCACCUCGCACAACACCACCGAGCCCAUCCACUAUGCCUCGCCCGCUGACCACAUCCAUCCCGAAUACAAAUGCCCGGUGCCUGUGGGAGUAUACCACGAGAGGAACAUGGACAUUUCACUCUACAGCACAUUGAAUGUCCCCAGAUUCAUUCAUGGCAGAUGGCGAAUGAAUGUCAGUUUCAUACGGAAACGAGAUAAACAACUGCUCGGAUGCAUUCGCAGGAUAAUACAGGUUGUCUACAAAAACAAAGUUGGAGCAUAAACCACUAUCCAACAAACAAAUAUUGAAAUAAUAUCACUAUCAUUGUACAGUGAUGAUAAUAAAGCUACAAUAAUAAUAUUUUAAAGUAGUGAGUGCUAUUUGUAAGUGUAAGUGUAAGUGAUUGAAUGAAUGACUAUAUCAAGUCAAAAUAUAUUUUCAGCUAUUACCAUUAUCACCUGUUUCUUAUUCACUUAGAAUGAAUGAAUACUUUCAAUGUGAACACCUCAAAUUUCCAAUGUUACAUUACAUUCAAUGUGAUUACACCAGAUAAGUCAACUGAGUUUUCAUCAAA